ACACAAAAGAAAAACCGCGCUCACGUGCGCUCGUCUGUCAAUCAGCCCCGCGCGCCAUGCGCCUCACUCACAGGUGAUAUCUAUUAGGUUACCUCAAAUUGUGCAGUCGCGUUUGUUUGCGGACCGUCCACCGGGUUCCUCCCUGUCAGGGAUAUUUUUCUGUGGCGGUAUUGGCAAGCUGCAGUCAGCUUUGCAGAUGCUAUGUCUGAGCAGUAAGCAUGGCGGAAAAUCAUCUGGAGUACGGCUACCUCGAGGGCGAGUCCAUCGGAGAGCAAUUCACGGAGGACCCGGAGCUGCUGGCCAUCAAGGCCAGGGUGCAGGAGCUGGAGAUGGAAGAAGAGUCGGAAAGACUGAAGGAGGAGGAGAGGUGUGAUGCAGUGGACAUGCAGCUCCUGACCAGCAGCCCUCAGUCUGGACCUUUCUACAACAUGACUCCCGAGGAGAGGAUAGAUGCAGACAACAGGUCGAUCUAUGUUGGAAAUGUAGACUAUGGAGCCACUGCAGAUGAGUUGGAGAUCCACUUCAAUGGCUGUGGUCCUGUCAACAGAGUUACCAUCCUGUGUGACAGGUUCUCCGGCCAUCCUAAGGGCUUUGCUUACAUUGAGUUCUCCGAUCGGGAUUCUGUACAGAGUGCCAUUGGACUGCAUGAGACUCUGUUCAGAGGAAGAGUCUUAAAGGUUAUGCCCAAGAGGACUAACAUGCCAGGCAUCAGCACCACUGAUAGAGGAGGGCACAGAGGCGCCCACUCCAGAGGCAGAGGUCGUGGCUACCGUCCACCCCGAUACCAUAACAGCUCUCGAGGCAGGUUCCGUUACCAGUCGAACAGGCCACAACAUCAAACGCCCCACCCUUACUACGGAGGAGCCCCGGUGGGGAAAAGACAGUGGGGACACAUGGACUACCAUGAGCAGACGUCUAAACGUUACCCAUGUCUGCUGCUUAUCACGCCACCAUCAGAGGAGUUAGGGGCAGGGUCGAGUGGACAGCACUACCCCCAGCAGCGCUAGGUCUACCCGCAGCAUAAAGUUGGAGGAUAGAAGUGACACAAGUCAUUUUAAACAAAUUCUUCCAUCCAUUAUCAAGUUGGCAAUUAUGAGAGGUGCAUAAAUGACCACAGUGAUGAAGGUGAGAUGUGCAUAAUUCAGAGAUGUCGCUUUAUUAGCUUAUGUUGCUGUGAAUGCAUGGGACAAUCCUCGAAAUGUUAUGCAGUUGCAUCUCUGUUUUUACAAAUUGACGAGAAUGUUUUGUGUUGCUGCCUGCAAUGUAAUCUACAAAUUUUCCCCUUAUGUAUAACUUAAGUUCUUUGCUAUGUAUGUGAAUAAAUAAAAAUGAUCUGGUGUUCUGCUUGUAGUAAAAUAACACACAGUGAUGUCUAACAGUUCAGUUUUAUUACAGUUGUAUUUCAUAAUUAAAGAAACAAGUAAAUAAAA